AUGAAGGAAAAAAAGAGAAAAAACAAGAGCAACAAGAAGAUUUUAGGAUUUGGGAAAAUCCGUAUCCGGGGACAUCUUAACUAUCGUGAGAUCGUGCUUCGUUUUGAGCGACAAAGCACAUUCCAUGGCAUAUCACAUGCUGCUCUUGCUUCGAACACUAAGUGGCGUGUCAUUUGGUACACUGCAUUUAUUAUUUGCUUUUGCGCUCUCCUUAUUCAAAUCAUUCUGCUCAUUCGACGAUAUCGAACUUAUCCGAAAUCGGUUGAUCUUGAUCUCAAAUUUGAAAAUGCUCCAUUUCCUUCGAUAACACUGUGCAAUCUAAAUCCUUAUAAAGCAUCGAUGAUUGUGAAAGAAGGACCUACAAAAGCCAUGAUGGAUGCCUUUUCAAGCGCUCAAAAUCAUCUUGGAUCAUAUGGUAUUUCUGCCGCAGUUGAGAAUGCUCGAGAAGAAGCUGCAAAAUCACGACAAUCUAGAGCAGUAUCUUCAAGUAUACAGAGAUCAAUCUCAAAUCGACGAUAUCAUCAAGCUUCCGUCCACUGUCUCUGUGAAAUUAAUUCACUAACUGGUGAGAGGAAAAAGGGAAGCUGUUUUGCAGCAUAUAAAGGAAAUAUUUCAAUCCAAUUCACUGACGUUCUGGCACGUUUUUAUCCCAGUAAAUGUCUUUGUCAAUUGGAUUGGGUGUCUAAAACUCUAUGGCCAUGCUUCCCACAUAAGACAUGGAAUGAACAGCUUUGCACAGGAUGUAUCGAAAAUUUGGGUCAUUGUCCGAUGAAAUUUUCCAAAGCAAAAGCCGGUGAGGAACAAAGACGACAUCCGAGACAGAAGGGAUGUCUGUGCCACCGCGAAUACAAUCACUGUAUAGCAAACAACGAAUAUGGUUUUAUUCUAGAAAUUAAACCAACAAUAGAUAUUUUCGCACUAAAUAUUUCGGAAUUUUUCAUCAGACCGACAAAAUCACACACUGCUACUACCAUUUCUGUUACUACUAAGCAGACAGCAGAACUUACAAAAGCGCUUGGAUUCGAGGGUUUAACUGACGAAAUAGCUAUUAAAGAACAAGCCAAAGAAAAUUUGAUGUUUGUCGUUGGUGAAAUGAAUUAUGGAACAAAAGUGAAAAUGUCAUAUCGAAAAGAUGAACUCAUCUUAAAAUGUUCUUUCAAUCAAAGAGACUGCAACAUUGAAAGCGAUUUUAAAUUACAUUAUGACCAAACAUAUGGUAACUGCUACACGUUUAACUGGAAUCGUACCAAACAAGUAACAGCUCAUCAGGCCGGUGCAAACUUUGGUUUGCGAGUACUGCUCUAUGCUGAUACUUCCGAAUAUUUGCCAACAUCAGAAGCCGUGGGUUUUCGGGUAACCGUUCAUGAUAAAUGGGUGGUACCAUUUCCAGAUGCAUUUGGUUACAAUGCACCAACCGGUUUUCUGUCUUCAUUCGGAGUUCGAAUGAAAAAAUUCAAUAGAAUUGUUCCGCCACAUGGUCAAUGUUUGGAAGACAGCAAGAGCAAUGAAGAAAGCAUAUAUCCCGGAUACAAUUACUCUACUGAGGGAUGUCACCGGACUUGCAACCAAAAAGAGGUUAUUCGCAUCUGUGGUUGUGCAAAUCCAGCUUAUCCGAUGCCUAAUACAGCAACAUCAUGUAAAGUUAGUGAUCACAUUGCUCGGGAAUGCAUUAAAAAUGCUACAUUACGCUUCAGUCAUCUAAGGAGCGAAGGAAAUCUAACGGACUGCGUGUGCCAUCAACCUUGUUCGGAAGUGAAUUAUGAAGUAACAUACUCAGCUGCUCGAUGGCCUUCUGGGACGACAAAAGUGAUGGAAUGUGAUGCUGCAGAUGAUCUCUGCAUGGAGCGAUACCGCAAAAAUGCUGCGAUGAUUCAAAUCUUUUAUGAAGAACUGAACUACGAAACGCUUACCGAAACACCUACCUACACCCUUACGAGUGCUUUGGCUGAUUUGGGUGGUCUCACAGGCCUUUGGAUAGGUGCAUCCGUGGUCAGCUUGAUGGAAAUCAUUGCCUUAGUUGUAUAUACUGUACAAGCAUAUGUUAGGAAGCGAAAAAGGCAAGUUUGUUUAGAUCCAAUAAAACGGAUAGUCAACAGUAAAAAAGGAAGUUUUUUCGAAUCCGUGUUCUCCGCUAGGCAGUUAUGUCAACCGAGUGUGUAUCCAAGAUAUGUCAAACGAUCUCUAUCAUCACUUUCAACAGAUUCAUCCAGUAGAACAAAAGUGAUCCAAACGAGGACAUCACCAGAUAGGCUACAAAUCUCUACAAAGUCAUCAAUAAGUCAAAAAGAACGGGAAAUGAUAGAAGAUGAAGGUAACCAGAGACAACAUAAGAAAUCGAAAUAUCUUCCACCUGGUGUGGACUUACCCUGCGAAUGUGUUUGUGAAAAUGGGAAAAUCCACGUAAUGAAUGCGUUAUGUCCUGAACAUGGUUAUAUGGUCAGAAGAAAAGAGAAUGCUGGAUUAUAUUGUGAAGUACCUGGAUACAAUGAUGUUGAAGAGGAGCAUGAAAAUGAUGACAAUGACGUUGAAGAGGAGCAUGAAAAUGAUGAAUUGUAG